AUGAGUUCAUCGAGCGAGUCAAACAAUAGCGAAAACAAUGUCAUCCAAUUUUCCGUUUCAGUCCCCAGAAAAUAUGAACCAUCUGGCAUGUUGAGAAUUCCAGAAAUGCUACUCGAAGACAAGGAUCCGCUGACAAAGCACGAAUCCAGCAAUUUCUGCAAGCAGUACGGACACAUAUUAACUGCGCAUGACAAGAUAAUGAAAAAGAAGGCAAAGCUUGAGAAGGAGAGAAAAAAGCUAGAGAAGCAACUUAAAAAAUAUGAGGCAUAUUAA